AUGACGUCCAUUCCAUCAACUGACGCCGAGUGGGCGACGUUAAUUUCCCAGGUGCGGGAGCAGUUACCGGCGAGACCAACAUCGCAGCCGACGAUCCCACUGAGCAUCGCGGGGAUGAUUGACCACACACUCUUGACCGUGGGCGUCGAUCCGGAAAGAAUCGACACGCUAUGCGACGAAGCCAAAGAACAUGAGUUCGCAUCCGUCUGCGUCAGACUGGACCACGUCGCUCGCGCCGCCGCAAGACUCAAGGAUGCUCCUAAGACAGUCGUGGCCUGCGUGGUGGGGUUUCCCGAGGGCACACACGAGACCGCCGAGAAAGUGCGGGAGACCAAGGAGGCCGUGGCAAACGGCGCUAAAGAGCUGGACAUGGUUAUCAAUUACCCGCUGCUGAAAGAGGGCAAAUACACAUCGACCUACGAGGAUGUCUUGGCCGUGCGGAAGGCUGCUCCUAGCCCGAUUAUUCUCAAGGCGAUCGUGGAAACUUCCCAGCUCGACAAGGACGAACUCGUCGCCGCCACCGUUAUCUGCUGCAUGGCUGAAGUCGACUUCGUCAAGACCAGCACCGGACUCAAGGGCAGUGGUGCUACUGUCGACAAUGUCACCACUAUGCGUCUUAUUGUUGACCGUUGUGGAACCAAGAAGACCAAGGUUAAAGCGAGCGGAGGUAUCCGCUCUGCUAUCGACUGUUUGAAGUUAAUCAAGGCCGGCGCCCACCGUAUCGGCACCAGCGGCGGAGUUUCAAUUGUGAAAGAGGUGGAUGAGGGCGAAUUACUGGAGCAAGGAGCUGGUCAUAUAGUGGCUUAA